GAGUGCUGGGAAAGGAGGAAGCGCCCAGGCUGGAGUUUUCGGUGGGCUUGGAGCCGCCAUCUUGGAUUCAGAACCUGUCAGUUGCUCCGAGGGGGAAAAGCCAGAGGUGGCGGCGGACGGGGGUUCCCCUCGCAAUGGAUACUAUGGCAAGCCCAGAAAAAGAUCAUUACAGAAUGAAAAGUUAUAAGAACAAUGCCCUCAAUCCUCAAGAAAUGAGGCGACGAAGAGAAGAGGAAGGUAUUCAGCUUCGGAAACAAAAAAGGGAAGAGCAAUUAUUUAAACGCAGAAAUGUUUAUCUGCUGGGAAAUGAAGAAUCAAUGCAAGAAAGUCCAAUCCAAGAUCCUGAUGUGAGCUCUACUGUACCUAUUCCUGAGGAAGAUGUAAUUACAUCUGAUAUGGUACAGAUGAUUUUCUCAGAUGAUCCAAACCAACAACUUGCAGCAACCCAGAGGUUUAGAAAAUUGCUUUCUAAAGAACCUAAUCCUCCAAUAGAUGAAGUCAUACAAAAACCAGGAGUUGUGCAAAGAUUUGUGAAAUUUUUGGAAAGUCAUGACAAUUGUACUCUUCAGUUUGAAGCAGCAUGGGCUCUUACAAAUAUAGCAUCUGGAACAUUUCUGCAUACUAAAGUAGUAAUAGAGACUGGAGCUGUCCCAAUUUUUAUUAAAUUGUUGAAUUCUGAACAUGAAGAUGUCCAGGAGCAGGCAGUGUGGGCUCUUGGUAAUAUUGCUGGAGAUAAUGCAGAAUGUAGAGAUUAUGUGUUAAACUGUGGAAUCCUUCCCCCCCUCUUACAACUCCUAACGCAUUCUAACAGACUCACAACAACUCGGAAUGCAGUCUGGGCCCUUUCAAACCUUUGUAGAGGGAAGAAUCCACCUCCAGAUUUCAGCAAGGUUCGUCCUUGCUUAGGUGUUCUGUCAAGACUGUUGUUUAGCAGCGACCCAGAUGUGUUAGCAGAUGCUUGCUGGGCACUUUCAUAUCUUUCUGAUGGACCAAAUGAUAAAAUCCAAGCAGUUAUUGACUCUGGAGUUUGCCGAAGAUUAGUGGAACUUCUGAUGCACAAUGACUACAAAGUGGUAUCUCCUGCAUUAAGAGCUGUUGGAAAUAUUGUGACUGGAGAUGAUAUUCAAACACAGGUAAUUCUAAAUUGCUCUGCAUUACCCUGUCUCUUACAUUUGCUGAGUAGUCCCAAGGAAUCUAUUCGGAAAGAAGCAUGCUGGACAGUUUCUAAUAUUACUGCAGGAAACAGAGCUCAGAUUCAGGCUGUUAUAGAUGCAAAUAUAUUUCCGGUGUUGAUUGAAAUUCUUCAGAAAGCUGAAUUUCGUACUAUAAAAGAAGCUGCAUGGGCCAUCACUAAUGCAACAUCAGGAGGGACUCCUGAACAAAUUAGUUAUUUGGUGGCAUUAGGCUGCACCAAGCCUCUUUGUGAUCUUCUGACGGUGAUGGAUUCUAAAAUAGUCCAGGUAUCCUUGAAUGGACUUGAAAACAUUCUACGACAUGGAGAGCAAGAAUCUAAGCAAAACGGGAUUGGUGUUAAUCCUUAUUGUGCCCGUAUAGAGGAAGCAUAUGGACUAGAUAAAAUUGAAAUUCUGCAAAGUCAUGAAAACCAGGAGAUCUAUCAGAAGGCAUUUGAUCUUAUUGAACAUUAUUUUGGUGUGGAAGAAGAAGAUGCAAACAUUGUGCCGCAGGUGGAUGAGAAUGAGCAACAAUUUAUGUUUCAAGAGCAGGAAGCUCCAAUGGAGGGCUUCCAGCUGUAACUCUUUAGACAAAUGGAAAAUCAGUAGGGUAUCAUGGUGAAUCCCACUUGCUGAUCAGUGUCAAGUGAAGAAAAAGUUCAUGAACUUAAGCUUUUUCAUUCAUUUUGUAUCUGUGUAUUUCCAUUGUCUUGUGUCCAGAGAUACUAAUCACAGCUUAAAAAUGUUACAAAGCUUGAUGGAUUCUAAAAUAGUCCAGGUACCCUUGAAUGGACUCAGUCAGAUUUCAGAUACUGAGUUUUCAAGCAGUUGGUAGAAAUGCAUCAUUAUGCAUAAAUCACUGUUGGUAUUAUGAAUUUUAGUAGUAGGGGUCAUGUGCCCAGUCUACAAUAAAUCUACCUCUUUAUAUUGGAGCAAAAAUAAUGUUCCAAACUGAAGUGUGACAUAUGAGCUCCUAGUAACAAUUAAACUUUGAAAAUGAAAUUAUUUAUUUAAAUACUGAAAAUAUAGUUUUGUGAGUGAAACUUUGCGAUAAACUGGUGAAAUAUAUUUAUAUUUAAAAGCAUAACACUUACUGAGGUGUGCUGCUUGUACAUGAUGCAAUGUUAAAAUAUUUGCAAAAAACCCUUUUUCCCCUGCUGUGUGAAAAGGGAUGGUAGCUAAUUUCAGUAUAUGAGUUUUGUAGUCCUUGCUGCCCCAUCAUGCAAGAAAACUUCCUCUUCCUCUUAUUUCUUCACUGACACUGCAGAUAAGGUUGCCAAUUUUUCUACUGGCUGCUGUAGCUGUGCCUUUAACACCAGGUUGACGUGCUGCAAGAUCUUCCUGCUGCAAAAAGUUUUAGCUUUUGAUAAUAUUGUCUGUCAAGCUGUUAGUAAAAGACACAAAGGCUGAAAAUCUUUUGCUUAUUAUAGUAAGUUGCAACUGGAAUGGGCCCGUUGGAUCAGUGGAAUUUGUGGAGGAGUUAACUCACCAAAUUUCCACUGAUUAUGUGAGCCUAUUCUGUUUGUGACUUACUGCUUUAAGCAGCAGUAUUUCAGCCAAAAGUAAACAAGACUGUGUUUGGAGAUUUUGGUCAUUUGCAAUCCUGAUUAUACAAGUGAGAGAUGUGGGAAUAUGUUUAUGAUUACUCUGUAAUGACCAUUGAAUGCUUCUGAGGAUGAGGAGGAGCUUCUAUAGCUGCAUACAAGGGACUAUGAACAGAAACUUCCAUGAUUAAUUUAAGUGUUACCAAAGUGUGUAUCAUUGCUUCUCCCAAUUUGAAGAGACCCUUGUCCAGCAGGCUGAGGCAAAGAGGCAGACCCGAAACCAGCACAAUCAGGGAG